UUUGUUUGAAUUCAAUUAUGCUAACUACAAAAACAUGAAGCAAUAUGUAGCUGCACUUGCGGCUGCCCUACGGGACCUAAACAUCGAGGGAUUGAUCAUAUCUGAGCUCCAGAGCACUUUAGCUGUGACAACUUCAUAUUUAGAGUCCGCCGUGUAAGAGGAAGCAUGCCUGGAACGGGAUUAAGGAUACGUACUUUGCAUGUGCGGGAUAUUCGUUUUCCCACAUCCUUAGGUGCGCAUGGCUCAGAUGCUAUGCACACAGAUCCAGACUAUUCUUGUGCGUAUGUUAUCAUUUAUACUGACCGAGAAAUCGAAGGUCACGGCUUAACCUUCACUUGUGGCCGUGGGACUGAAAUAGUGGUGCAAGCAGUUAAGUCCUUGUCUUACCUUGUGGUAGGCCAAGAUGCAGGUGACAUUUUCAAGGACUUUGGCAGCUUUUGGAGAAAGCUUACAAGUGAAUCACAACUAAGAUGGGUGGGUCCCGAGAAGGGAGUAAUUCAUCUGGCAACAGCUGCUAUAGUCAAUGCCUUAUGGGAUUUGUGGGCUACAGCAGAACAUAAACCUCUGUGGAAAUUGCUUGUUGACAUGGAUCCAGAAACUCUUGUAUCCACCAUUGACUUCAGAUAUAUAUCAGAUGUCAUCACAAAGGAGGAGGCUAUUCAAAUACUAAAAUCUAAGCAAGAAGGGAAAGGAGAAAGAGAGGAAGAAAUGAGGACAGUAGGUUACCCUGCAUAUACUACACAAGUUGGUUGGUUAGGUUAUUCAUCUGAACGUGUGCGUGAUCUUUGCCGAGAGUACCUUUCUCAGGGAUUCACGUGUUUCAAAGUUAAAGUUGGUCAAAAUUUAGAGGAUGAUAAACGCCGUUGUAAAAUAGUAAGAGAAAUCAUCGGCUGGGACAAUAAAUUGAUGGUAGAUGCCAAUCAGAAUUGGGACGUACAGCAAGCUAUUGACUGGAUGAAGGAACUGGCCGAGUUCAAGCCACUUUGGAUCGAGGAACCUACUUCCCCUGAUGAUGUUCUUGGACAUGCUGCAAUAGCCAAGGCACUGAAACCACUUGGGAUUGGUGUGGCAACUGGAGAGAUGUGCUGCAACCGCGUAAUGUUCAAGCAGUUUCUGCAGGCUGGUGGAAUGCAAUAUUGUCAGAUUGAUUCAUGCCGCAUUGGUGGUGUCAAUGAGAUAUUGUCUGUUUACCUAAUGGCUUACAAAUUGGGAGUUCCAGUUUGUCCUCAUGCUGGUGGUGUUGGACUCUGUGAGAUGGUGCAACAUCUCCAGAUAUUUGAUUACAUCUGCCUUUCGACAACGAAGGAGAACCGAGUAAUUGAGUAUGUCGAUCAGCAGCAUGAGCAUUUUGAAAACCCAACCAAUGUUAAACAUGCUCACUACAUUGCACCUACUGCUCCAGGUUACAGUACAAAGAUGAAAGCUGAAUCAGCAGAAUCUUAUGAGUACCCACUUGGACACGAAUGGGAGAAGAUGUUUAAUGAGGGAACAUUCCAACGACCUCAUGUACCACUCAGUUAAAAUACAAAUUUGUACUUCAAAAAUAAGCUGAAAUAAAACUUCAUUUUAUUCAAUGCA